UACAGUGAAUAUGUUUUUCUAGAAAUAUAAUCACGUAACGCGUAAUACUUAUUAAAUAUAAGUACAAUGAAAAUUUACGCAAUCCAAUGUAUAAUAUUAGGUUUAUUUUAUAUUGUCAAUUGUAGAGACUUUUACAUUGGUAUGUUCAAGAGAAAUGACUUUUUGGUUGCUCAAGACAAGUUGUAUAAGGAAAAAAUACCAUUUAGACUGACUUAUGCGAAAUAUGGAAGAGUUUUUAAAUGUCCAAUAACAUAUCUCAGAGUAGUUGACCGACUAGGAACGGGUCUAGGUCCAAAAACCGAGAUCAUAAGAGGGGGUCUUCGCAAGAAUUACGUUGUACUACGCCUAACGUCUCCAUACAACUGUCCUAUAUAUGUGAACAUAUAUGUGGGAUGCGAAAACAACAGUACUAGAGCUGUUGUUACAUCACCAACAACAGUUGCUCUUACGUCUCAUACUGCAGCUGGCGUUGGCAUUAAAACCCAAACUGCUGGCAUAGGUGCAGAAGGCGAAGGAACAAAAGCAACUGCUGGCGAUCCUCAAACAAAUACUAUUAAUCCAGCUUAGACGUUUUGUAUUGUCAGC